UUAAAAAUAAUUGAUUAUACAUAUUUGAAGUAAUUUAUAACAAUGGGAAAUUGUUGAGCUGCACCCAAAAAUAUGCAAAGUGAGUCUUCGAAGAAUUCGAGUGUCAUUCAAAAACAGUUGUCAUCAGACAUGGAAAAUAACGCGAAUAGCACCUUCGUGUCAGAUAGCCCUUCCAAACAAGAUUCAGUGUCGAAGCAUGAGCCUGUUGAGAAGCUGAGACUAGAUUCAUUUGAAAAAAUUUAGACAAAUAGGCGAAGGUUCCUAUGCAAAGGUAUUCCUUGUGAAGAAAGUUGACUCUGAAGAAUACUUUGCUAUGAAAGAGUUAAAAUAAAGUAAGAAUCUGUGACCAGAGAUCGAAGGAACGAGUCUUGACUGAAAGAAAUAUUAUGAAAACAAUGAUUCAUCCUUUUAUUGUCCAAUUACAUUAUUCCUUCCAAACUGAUGAUAAGCUCUAUUUUAUCCUAGAUUUGCUCAAUGGGGGAGAUCUUUUUCAUCAUAUCGCUACCUCAGGUAAAUUCAAGGAAAAAUAGAGUAAAAUUUUAUGCAGCUGAGCUAGUUCUUGCUUUAGAUUUCCUUCAUAGGCAUGACAUUGUCUACAGAGAUCUGAAACCUCAAAAUAUAAUAAUAGGAAAAGAUGGUCAUGUGAAGCUCACCGACUUUGGUCUUUCGAAGGAUAACUUCUCAGAAGAUCAAGAGCAUACUAUUUGCGGUACCAUAAAAUACAUCGCACCUGAAGCUAUAGCUGGGCACCCAUACAAUCACAUGGUUGAUUGGUGGAGUCUCGGAAUCAUAAUUUACCGGAUGUUGACGGGUAAGCUUCCAUACCCAACUACUAAAAAUCACGAAGUUAAAAUUUUUAUUGUCAAAUGUAAGAUCAAAAUCAGCAAGCGCAAGUUUUCAAGAUCAGCUUAUGACCUUCUCACUAAGUUACUUGUAAAAAAUCCUGAGCAUCGGCUCGGAGCUUGAGGUAUUGAAGAGAUAAUGUCUCAUCCAUUUUUCAAGGAUAUAAAUUGGGAGAAACUAUACAAUAAAAAGAUCAAAUCAGAGACAGAUAUGAAGCUGAUCCCGAAAGAUAUGAUUGAUAAGGACAUUGAAGGCAGCUCGAUGGAUGAUAAUGAUUUCAAGGCUGGAAAUAUGCUCGGUCAGACAUUUGAAAACUUCACUUACACUAAAGACCAGCUCCUUGAAGUUUGUCCUCGGGAAACUGAGAUCUAGUAAUACCACGAUAUAUAUUUUU